UAGUUGGCCAGGUGGCGGCGGAGGCGAGCUAGGAGUCAGUGGUGGGUCUCCUUAUGCUAUUACAGUCAGUGCUCAGAGGAGUUCUCGUGAGUCUGGCAGCAAGAUUCCCUGGAGUACUUUAUCCUGUGUUCUCAAAGCUUGUGUUGGUGUGAUGUCUGACUACGCCGCGGAGAACAUGGAUCAUGCACGUCUGGCCGAGGCUGUGGCGGCCGCGAGCACUGACAACACCACAUCCACGGCAGAACUCCUGAAGUAUCUCCUCCCCCGUGUUCUGUCCCUCACCUCUGCCCUGCUCGGGGAAUCGUCAGAAAACACGACUGAGCUCACCAAGGAAAUCCUGGAUGCGGCUUCCAAAGUGUUCACUCUGGACGCCGACUCCUCCCUUUUCUUGAAUCCCGUUGUGGUUGACUUCUCGAGUGCUCUGUGGCCGCUGUACCUCAUCACCAUCCCUCUCGUUAUCGGCGGCGUCAUCUGGUACUUCGUCACCACCUUUGUGCUCGGAAAGAACGUUCUGGGUCGCAGCUGGAGUUCUUCCGGUGAGCAUGAAGAAGGUGGAAUGGAGGAACUCACGGGAAGAGUGAUGCAGGCGGUUGAGGCAAACGGCUACUCGUAAUCCGACUUCUGCACUCUGACGUCAAUUCUUCAAACUUUGCAAAACCGUGAAGGACAACUGGACACACGUAAAGACAUGGCCAGCAGUCAGUUAACCUGUUGGCUGCUCUCACUCCCUUCUGUGUUUAUUUUUUUCCUUAUCUACUGGCAUUCUGUUAGUUAUGAUUUGUAAGGAAACUGUCAUUACCAGAUUAGAUGUAAGCAAAACACGCAAAAGACAGUAGGAGUGAGUGCAGCAAAUGACUCCAAACCACGACUUUAUUUGGGUAUGCUUUGAGAGGUUGUAGCCACUGGUAGAUCAUGUUGUUUGUGUUAAGACAUUAGGGAGCUUUAAGAGAAGAUUAGACGGGUUUAUGAAUGGGGAUGCUUGGUGGAAAUAGGUAGGUAUAUUUCAUACAGGGACUGAUACGUGUAAGCCUGGUCGCUUCUUGCAGCUUCCCUUAUUUCUUAUGUUCUUAUGUUCUUUAACUGGUGUUUCUCUUCUCACUCCAAAACCCUUAUUCUGAAACGCUUUGCUCUCUCACCACGACUGUUUUUAAGGGCCACAAAGAUCUUUAAACGGAUUCUUAAGAGUGUUUCUCCUGUUAAUAAUGUAGAAAUAUUUGAUCAUUCAUCACUAGAACUGUCAUAAACACCCUUAAAAAUCCGCGUAACUUCAAGUAGAGCCUUUUAAAAAUAACGGAGAUGCGGCGCAGAAGUAUUUCACAUUACGGUCCAAAGCACACGGUAAUUAUUAUGUGUAGGUAACGUGCUUUUGUGCUGCUGAUGAUGUUAUUCUAUGGCAAAUGACUUCGGGAACCUGCAGUAUGUAGUUGACUAUGACGAGACUGUUAAAAAAAAGGUAAAAAAGACUCUUCCUGUUGGAUUACUUAUCACGGUGUCGGGGGGAGAUUGUAAGAGUAUGAAGCACUAUGAUCGAGGUUACACGCAAAAGACUCUUCCUACUAGACUACUUAUUAGGGUGUUGGGUCUGCCUCCGGUGGGUUCGUGGCGCAGAUAAACAGAGCACACGUUGACUUGUUUUAAGAGUACGCGGGGUUAAUAGAAGGAUGAUUUUAUUGACCUUGAUGAUACGCAACGGCAUUGUCUUGGGCAGCAAUUGUCUUGAGUCACGUGUCGAGGUCCACAAGCAAUAAUAAUAAUAAUAGUUCAUGUUUC